AUGGCACUCACACAACCAUACGCCCAAGAUCAUACCAACCUGCAAGGACCCGGUGACUCCAGGCCGACCGCCAAACAAGUUAUCGAAGAUCAAGGUCUUGUCGAUAUUCUACCAGGUACUGUGGUCCUGAUCACAGGCUGUACUUCUGGAAUUGGUAUAGAGACAGCACGAGCGCUCUACCUGACUGGCGCCACGAUCUACAUCACGGCUCGCUCGCUGGAGAAAGGGCAAGAAGUAGCUUUGGACCUCGCGACAGACCCCCAGCGACCAGUCAAGGUGUUGGAAAUGUCUCUCGACUCUUUUGCCUCUAUUCGUGCUGCAGCACAAACGUUCCUAGAGCAAGAAUCGAAACUUAACAUCCUCAUCUGCAACGCUGGAGUUAUGGCCUGUCCACAGACUACCACCAAGGACGGCUUCGAGUACCAGUUCGGCACAAAUCACCUCGGACACUUCCUUCUAUUCCAACUCCUAAAACAUGCCCUCCUCGCAGGAGCUACACCAUCGCACCCAUCGCGCGUCAUCUCCGUCUCAUCAACGGGUCACCGCAUAGUCCCCUCCCUACCCCUCACCGAUCUAGACUUCUCCAAGUCCCAAUACCAUCCCUUCACAGCAUACGGCCGAUCCAAACUCGCCAACAUCUACUUCGCCAACCACCUCACGCGCCUCUACGCCACCAAGCACCUUCACGCCCUCAGCUUACAUCCAGGCUCCAUCAAAACGCCACUACAGCGUCACGUUGACCAGACAGAUUUCUACGCCAAGGCCACGAGUGAUCCGGAGUAUCAGAGGCAGGUCAAGAGUGUCGAGCAAGGCGCUGCGACAACGGUCUGGGCUGCUGUUGGGAAGGAGUGGAUGCAUCGUGGUGGGGUGUAUCUGGAGGAUGUAGGAGAGGCGGGGCCUGUGGUGCCCGGAGGAACGGCUUUUGGGACUGGGUAUGGGGAGGCUGCGUAUAGGCCUGAGGAUGAGAGGAAGUUGUGGGGGGGGGGGUGA